CGCUCAUUUGGAGUGCUGUGUUUGUAGGGCCGCGGGUUGCCUACGUGGUUCAGCUACCUGGGCUUGCAGUGCUUCCAGUCUCUGUUCUGGUGGAGACGGUUGCGACGCCUGUCGAUGGAGACGUCUUGAGUAUCCCGUCAACAAUCUGAGCAUUUGUGUCGAGAUCAAACGCGCAAACUCUGACAUUCUCCCAUUCUGCUGGGAGGGCGUCGACAUUGCGACGCACAUGUGGUCCAGGUGCUUGGGCUUGCAGUGCUUCCAUAGAAGUCUGGAGGAGACGGUUGUCACGCCCGUCGAUGUACACAUCUGCAGUAUCCCGUCAGCAGUUUGGGGAUAGGUGUCUAGAUCAAACGCGCAAACUGAUGCCGCCACCGACCACGUCAUAUAUUCGCCAAGGUUGGUGGCGCGUGCCAGCCGUGUUGAUACCUCUGUUGCUACUGUUGAUCGUCAGCUACAAUUUAGGAGACACCACACAGACCAUCACUGCGUUCGUCAGGUCGCCCCAAAUAAAGGAUGCCGCCACCGACCACGUCGUAUAUUCGCCGAGUUUGGUGGCGCGUGGCAGCCGUGUUGAUACCGUCACUGCGUUCGUCAGGUCGCCCCAAAUAAAGGUAACAGGAGCCUGCAUGGACGGUGUGGUGACAGCGCAGCCUGGUGGCAGACUGGGGAACCUGCUGAUGGAGUAUGCGUGCUCCGCCGUUUUGGCGAACCGGCACCACCUGCGGCUGGCCAUGCCUGCCAGGAUCCUCGAGCCACUGUCCGCCAUCUUCCACAACCUCAGUGCAGAACCGCUGGGCCGAGUUUUGCAGCAGCCGCCAUGUGAAGGAAACCUCACAGAGGAGGGGUUCCUGGACGACCCGAAGCACCAGCUCCUGACGUGGGGAUCUGUAGAGAAGACACUGAGCCACCUGAGAAGCAAACACUUGCCACUCAUUUUCAAGAGGUACAUGAUUCUACCAGAGUAUCUCGCAACCUCCAUGGAAUUUUUGCGAGAAGAAUUCCGUUUUCGGCCGGAAUUACAGAGUGUCGCAAGCGAAAAGUUGCACGGGAUUAGACUGGAGACAGCGAGCGCCACUGGCACGAACUACACCCAGGUGUGCACGGUGGGGGUGCAUGUGCGCAGGACGGACUACAAAGAGUUCAUGCAGAACAUGUUCCAACUGAAGCAACCGGCCGGCCUCUCGUACUACAAGGCAGCGGCGGACGCCAUGUUGACAGACCUGCGCCACGAGUGCGCUGCCGUCGCUUUCGUCGUAACGAGCGACGACAACCAGUGGUGCCAACAGAACUUGCUGCCCACUCUCACCAGGAAUGCGUCUAAGGACUCGCCAGCCAGUGUGGGGUUCCUGAUGACCUCGGACUCCCCAGGAGAUGACCUGUGCCUCCUGUCCUCCUGCCAGCACCUCAUCAUGACCUACGGCACCUUUGGACUGUCAGCCGCCAUCUUGUGUGGCGGGAGGACCAUCGUAUAUGAUGCGCCCAGCCACGGCGCCAAGGAUGGGCCCUCAGCCCACAAGAUGGCGACCAUGGUGCCUGGAUGGCGACUCGUCGCGUAACACUGCAGCAACCUACUGCUGAAAGUAGAGCACUCUUAGCGGACUGGUGUUGUACCUACCUCCUAUCUGCGACAUUAGGCCCAAGUUUUUCUAAAGUCUGAAUCCUUGUGUUUCAAGGGCAACGUUCACACUGACUGAGCUGUUGAGGCAUGGCUCAUGACCAGGCAUUACAGCUUCACCACUGACAGUAACUGUUUCAGUGGUGCCCUACAGCAAAAAACGAUGGACUAUGUUGUAGUAAAUAAAACUAACAGUGCUUUAUAAUAAUGUAAACAACUUCCUAAGAUAAUAACUAAUUUUGUGUUAUUUUCAUCAUCCUGUGUCCUCGUGUAGCACUGUUGAGUGCCUUCGGCGAGGUACACAUUGCUCCAGACACCAGGAAACUUUUCACAAUAUCUGAACUUUGAAAACACAGAUAGUGUCGAGCACACACACACACACACACACACACUUUAUAUUUCAGCCAAGGAAUAUUUAUAUACAAAGAUUAUUUUAUUAUAAGAACCUGUAAUUUCGCACAGCCACGGUUAGAAAAUGCAGGUUUCGACAAAACAGCACUAGGAUAAUACUUGAACAUCGAGACUAAUGCCAUGAAAUUUAGACGAUCAGAAGCUAUUAGAUGUAAACCAACAUUUGCAAAUAAACUGGAACAGAAAUCGUCCAACUUCAUAGAAACCACUUUACUUAAAAAGUCGUUUCUCCUCCACAAUCGUUUCUAUUGGCUACAACAGUUUUUGAACAAAUAAUACAUUCUGGAGUAUGUGUGCUUGUGUGUUUCGUUAAUUUAUGUCAAUAUUUAAUUAAUAAUAUGUAAAUACGGCUUAAAACUUCAUGUGAAGUGUGCAGAGUGCACGCAAAUUUGCACCUAGAAAAAGUACCGUUUUCGUAAAUAGUAGACAUGCUCCAGAACAAGGAGACAUAAUUCACAGACCAUGAAAAUAGCUGACUACGAAAGUUUCAUAUUACUUGGCGCUUCUAACCCAUCUCUCUAUGUGCACACACAUGGGUUUAACACAUGUUACCAUUUACAUAAACUCUAUUCAGUAGAGUUUUUCGACGACCUUUACAAUUCAUUCUCAGAACUGUGUGAAGGAACUAUAUUGUGCCUGUUACAUGAAGUUGCUCGAUAUUGCUAAGCCAAUCAGUAUUCUUCUUAAUCAUAAUGUCAUUUAUUCUUGUUAUUAUUAUUAUGUAUAUGUGUGUUUUAUUCCUGGUCCGAUCAAAGAGAGGGGCUG